UCGAUAAGAUAAGGCUCACAAGGCUGAAGAUAAAUGAUGCCGGCCGAGCUUUCCUUCCCCACACUUCAAGCAAGUUUCUAGAUCAAAUAUAUCAACAAGCCACUUGAGAGAAAUUUCAUCAGAAAGUUAUUUCAAAAUGUCUGCAGAUGAUCAAGUAUUCUUUGAUACUUUGUCCUCCGUACCGAAUAAUAUCAAGAAGUAUAGCGAUGAUGUUGCAGAUUAUAUCGAAAGACAUAUUGAUAAGGUAGCUGCAUCAAUAAGAGUGUCUCUCGCCUCUGCAGAAUGGAUCCCCCCAUCUGCGCGACCCAAACCACCGCCAUCAACUCGGACUAUCGCGGCAUCUCAAUCAGUAUAUACCCGGAUCGAACAAUGGGUAUCAAAGAACAAGCUCCUCGCAGGAGCUAUUAUUGUAGUGAUGGGUGGAGUGACAUAUUAUGUCAUUAGAAAGAAGUCAGACUACCGCAAGAAACGCAGAGCUAGGCGCGCAGCGACUGGAGCAAGACAAGAAGUUGUGGUAAUUGCAGGAUCCCCUUCAGAACCGAUAACUAGGUCGAUUUCUCUGGAUUUGGAGCGCCGAGGAUUCAUUGUUUAUGUCGUAUGCAAUACGAUAGAGGAAGAAGUCUUAGUACAGAAUGAAUCUAGGCAAGACAUCAAACCUUUGAUGAUUGAUAUCGUCGAUCCAUCAAGUGCUUCUGCUGCAAUCGAAAGAUUUACCGCACACUUACGAGCACCACAUUCCCCCUUUCAAGGUGGUAAAACCCAUCACUUGAUAUUCAGAUCUCUGAUUCUUAUUCCUUCACUUGCUUAUCCAUCUACUCCGAUCGCCACUAUAUCGGCGUCAACAUUAUCGGACCUCCUCAAUACUCGUCUAUUGAACCCCAUUCUCACCCUUCAAAACUUUCUUCCUCUUCUCGCGGAGUUACCAUUUCAGGGCACUCAUAGCAAGAACAUUCCAAAGCCUUCCGUUCUCGUCUUGACUCCAAAUAUUAUUCCGUCUCUCUCACCUGCAUUUCACGCUCCCGAGUCCUCCACCACAUCCUUCCUCAAAACGUUUACCCAAAUUCUUACAUCCGAGCUUUCCCCUCUUUCCAUCCCCGUGAUCAACCUACAGCUUGGAACUUUUGAUUUCUCUCUCUUUGGACCUAAGAAUCAACUUCAAUCAUACCGGGGCCGCUCUCCUCCUAACUCAGAUUGGGAUUCGUCAUCCCGACACGUAUAUUCACGCAGUUAUGCUGCUGUGAAUCGAUCAAACAUAGGGGCAGCAAUGGGUUGUGGAUCACAAGGUGGAGGCUACGGAAAAGGCAGUAGUCUCCGAGAGUUAAACAAUGCGGUUUUCGACGCGAUGGAAAGCAAGAAAGGUGGAAUCAUCCGAGUGGGUAUGGGAAGCAGUGUGUAUGGAUUCAUUGGAGCAUGGGUGCCUCGGGGAUUGGUAGGGUGGAUGAUGGGAGUUAAGAAGUUUAAGCCGGAACCCGCAGAGGAAACUCUUCAAUCGAGCAUACCUGGAAGCUCUAGUACAUCUAGCUUUGAGGGCAGACCUUUCACGCCCGAUAGUAGCGAGAUGAGCGGGGGAGCUGGUUUAGCCGGAAGCGACUACAUUUCGAUUGCGAGUCAGCAGGGAAAUUAGGCCAUCGGAUAUUGACAUUUUGAGAAGGUAUAUAGGACAUAUUUUGCGAUCUAAUGGGUGGAUUGGAUCAUGUGUUUGCUUUUAGUUUGCAUCGUAGGAAUCUCGGAUUGAGAAACAUGGCGUUUGGGGAAUAUGGAAUCUGGACAGGCGCAAACAUCUCCACUUGUAAACAUAGUUAAGUUAUUUGCACCAUAGUUAUUGAUUUAGUUCUUACAAAGUGGAUGAAGAAAGCACACCCCAGUCGAGUAUGACA